UAUGGGUAAAUGCCACGUCAGGCACACUGAUAGUGCUCAAAGUUUGGCGUAUGUUUACAAAAUAAUAGCUGCAUUUGUAAAGACCGUUGUCAUCGCAUAAACCAUGAACAGCAGGCAUUGUCGGGAGUUGCUGGUGCUGACGUUGUUGAUCGCUUUCGCUGUCUGCACGGAAUUGACUUUUGAAUUACCUGAUAACGAGAAGCAGUGUUUUUACGAAGAUCUCGAGAGCGGAGUGAAAUUUGACAUAGAUUUUCAAGUGAUUGCUGGGGGAAACUAUGAUGUGGAUUGUUUUGUGACCGAUCCCAUGAACAAUGUCCUAUACCAGGAAAGAAAGAAACAGUAUGAUAGUUUCUCACACACCACCACCUCAAAAGGUGUCUACAAAGUGUGCUUCAGCAAUGAGUUCUCCACCUUCUCUCAUAAAAUUGUUUACCUGGACUUCCGGGCGGGAGAGGAACGUCCUUUAUUACCUGAUAUGAACAGGGCAACAGCUCUCACUCAGAUGGAAUCUGCAAGUAUGUCUAUCCAUGAGAUCCUGAAAGUGGUUACAGACUCCCAAACAUGGUACCGUCUCCGUGAGGCUCAAGACCGGAUUAGAGCUGAGGAUCUUCAUGAACGCGUCUUCUAUUGGUCCAUUGGGGAGACAUUUUUUUUGUUUGCGGUCAGCAUCGGUCAGGUGCUGAUGCUCAGAAGCUUUUUCGCAGAGAAAAGGGUCAAUGUGAACACCAGCACAUAACUAUAAUAUCACCACAGAUAAACAUUCAACCACCUGAUGUUAAUUCACAUUUGCGUAAACAUUUAGCCAAAUAUUGCAAGAUAAAAGAUUUAAUUGAAGAUGGCAAGAUUAAAGAUUUUUUUCCUAAAUCCGCAGCCUGUGUAUUCUCUUGUAUCGCGGUAUUAUGGAUGAUCUGGAUUGUGAUCUAUGCAGUGGCUAAAAUAAGUAAUAUUUUAUUAUAUUAUAUAAUAAAAUAAAUAAAAUAUUAGAGAUGCACCGAUACGAUAACCGAUAUUACUGUUGGAGAAAAAAAUGUCAAAAAUGAAUAGGGGACAAUAUUUAAUAGGCAUAAUUUAAUUGCAGUAAUUGUAUACCACCAAUGACGGACAUAACUCAUAAUAGUCCUCAGUGGUACAGCAGUCAACAACAGGGCCUACUGUAUGUGUGGCUCCUUUAAGUGAACGUGACGUCAUUGAGGUGCGAGUAAAGGGACACUCCAUGAAUUGUAUGAGUAAACACUCAACGCAGAUAAAUUACAAGAAGUUGUGAAAAAGCUAGAGACCAAAUGCCCCCUUCUAAGAGACCAUAAUCACAAGCAGACUGACUGUCAAGUGCCCUCACACUUUCCCUAUUGGCUCAGUUUGAUUACUUUUCAGAUCCAGCUGUGCAUCAAGCACGUUUUAUUUUAUUAUUAUUAUUUUGAACUUUUCAAGGGAUGCACAACCUACAGUUACAUGAUUGUUUUUGCAAAAUGUUGUACUCCAGAUGUUGAUAUUAAAAGUAAUUUUUCCUCAGA